CUCACAGCCAAUCAGAAGAAGGCGCCGCCGAGGGUGGAGAUUGAAUACUGCAUUCUCCGGCAGCCUGAGCCAUGGGGCGUCCCACCGUCCUGCUCCUGCUCUUGACUUUCCUGACGCCUGGGGCCGCCAUCCGUGUACCGCCGGCCAUGAAGGCCCUCAGCAGCCUGCGUUGGUCAACCAGUUUCACAUCCCGCGGUACUGUUGCCAAGAAGUACUCGAUUAACUACAUCGAACAGAAGGUUAAUCAUUUUGGAUUUGAUGCUGAUGAAACUUUUAAACAGCGAUACCUAAUAGCCGAUGAAUACUGGAAGAAAAAUGGUGGAUCAAUACUUUUCUACACUGGUAAUGAAGGGGACAUUACUUGGUUUUGCAAUAAUACGGGGUUCAUGUGGGAUGUGGCUGCUCAACUGAAGGCUAUGUUGGUGUUUGCAGAACAUCGAUACUAUGGGGAGUCCCUACCUUUUGGUAACAAAUCAUUCACAGAUUCCAGACACUUGGACUUUCUGACAUCAGAACAAGCUUUGGCUGAUUUUGCAGUGUUAAUCAAACACUUGAAAAAAACAAUCCCAGGAGCUAAAAAUCAACCUGUCAUUGCCAUAGGGGGCUCUUACGGUGGCAUGCUUGCAGCCUGGUUCAGGAUGAAAUAUCCUCAUAUAGUGGUUGGAGCUCUUGCAGCCUCUGCCCCCAUCUGGCAUUUUGGUAAUCUGGUACCUUGUGGUGUAUUUAUGGAAAUUGUAACUAAAGAUUUUAAGAGAAGUGGUCCAAAUUGUUCAGAAACCAUUCGCAACUCCUGGGAUGCUAUUAAUCGAUUCGCAAGAACAGGUGCUGGCUUACGUUGGCUUUCUAAAUCCCUUGGCUUAUGUACUGCAUUAACAAAUACUCAGGAUGUCCAGAAUUUGAAAGCCUGGAUCUCUGAAACCUGGAUAAAUCUGGCAAUGGUGGACUACCCCUAUGAGUCUGACUUUUUACAGCCUUUGCCUGCUUGGCCUAUCAAGGUAGUGUGCCAGUAUUUGAAAAAUCCCAGUGUAUCUGAUGCACAGCUUCUGCAGAAUAUUUUCCAAGCUCUGAAUGUCUAUUACAAUUAUUCAGGCCAGGCGAACUGCUUGAAUAUAUCAGAGACAACAACUAGCAGUCUGGGAACCCAGGGUUGGAGCUAUCAGGCCUGCACAGAAAUGGUCAUGCCUUUUUGUACUAAUGGUAUUGAUGACAUGUUUGAACCUCACUCAUGGAACUUGAGGGAAUUUUCUGAGGACUGUUUUAAACAGUGGGGUGUAAGACCGAGGCCUGCCUGGAUCAUUACUAUGUAUGGGGGCAAAAACAUCAGUUCACACACGAACAUCAUUUUUAGCAAUGGUGAACUAGACCCCUGGUCAGGAGGUGGAGUAACCAAGGAUAUCACAGACACCUUGGUUGCAAUCACCAUCCCAGAAGGGGCCCAUCAUCUAGAUCUCCGAGCCAGAAAUGCCUUUGAUCCCACGACUGUGCUAUUAGCCCGCUCCUUGGAAGUUAGACACAUGAAGCAGUGGAUCAGAGAUUUCUAUGCCAAUCAGAGAAAGAAGCACUGAGCAGUUUUGAUCAUUUUCAGUUUCUUCUUUUAUGUUCAUUCUACCCAUGUUCCCAUUCACUUUGGUUUUCUACAUGUAAUUACUUUUCCUUGUUUGUCAUUAGAUUUGGUGGGGCGAAGGUUGAGAUAGAAGAGAGGGUGAUGGUGGUGACGGCAGACAUCCCACAUCCCGGGUCCUCGCCAUCUUCACGCCACCUCCAGGAAGAAUCUCUUUGUGACAGCUUUCCUACACCAUCAGUGGCCCUCAUAACUGGAGCAGAGUUCCUGACUGCCUUUCACAAGAGGGAGAGUCACUUCUUUUGUUUCUCUGCAAGCAGGGCUUUCUCUUGGUUUUGAGAUUAAAGUCUCUUUGGUUCAUUUGUCACUCCCCAUCCCUCCCCCCCCAAAAAAAGAAACACAGAAAAUAGAUAAAAAUGAUGUAAUUGCAGCUGGUAGGAAGGAUGUCCGAUGCCAAUCCAGGAAAUGGAAGCCGUUUCUUUUGUACUUGAUUCAAUGACUUUGAACUGUGCUAUAAAUAAAGAGUAAGGCUGGACCUUA